AUGGGCACCGAGGGGGGCCGCGCCCCAGCCUCGCCGGGCUGGUCCCGGGAUCAACGGGAGAAACGAGUCAAUCACUUCCUCUUGGCCCCCAAUGCGGUCCUCGGGCCGGCCGCGGGGGGCCGGGGGAGGGGACCCGAGGGCACUGCCGCCCCCUCCGAGUCCGGCUGGGCUCCCCGCGUUGGGGAGCCGACAUGCUACCUCGACAGCCCCUGGUUCCGGGAGAGGAUCCGCGCGCACGAAGCGGAGCUCGAGAGGACCAACAAGUUCAUCAAAGAACUCAUCAAGGACGGCAAGAACCUCAUCGCUGCCACCAAGAGUCUUUCUGCAGCACAGCGCAAGUUUGCUCACUCACUCAGAGACUUUAAAUUUGAGUUCAUCGGUGAUGCGGAGACGGACGACGAACGCUGCAUAGAUGCGUCCUUACGUGAGUUUUCAAACUUUUUGAAGAACCUAGAAGAACAGAGAGAAAUUAUGGCGUUAAGUGUAACGGAAACCCUGAUUAAACCCUUGGAAAAAUUCAGAAAAGAGCAACUUGGAGCAGUAAAGGAAGAAAAAAAGAAGUUCGACAAAGAGACUGAAAAGAAUUACAGUCUCAUCGAUAAGCAUUUGAAUCUAUCAGCCAAAAAGAAAGACUCUCACUUGCAAGAGGCAGAUCUCCAAGUAGAGCAAAACCGGCAGCACUUCUAUGAACUGUCUCUUGAAUAUGUCUGUAAGCUUCAGGAAAUCCAAGAAAGAAAGAAGUUUGAAUUCGUGGAACCUAUGCUGUCCUUUUUCCAGGGAAUGUUUACUUUCUAUCAUCAGGGACAUGAACUUUCCAAAGACUUCAAUCACUACAAAAUGGAACUACAGAUCAACAUUCAGAAUACACGGAACCGGUUUGAAGGCACCAGGUCGGAAGUAGAAGAACUGAUGAACAAGAUCCGGCAGAAUCCCAAAGACCAUAAGCGCGCCAGCCAGUUCACCGCAGAAGGCUACCUGUAUGUGCAGGAAAAAAGGCCUGCUCCAUUUGGCUCCAGUUGGGUCAAACACUACUGCAUGUAUCGGAAGGCAGCCAAGAAAUUCAACAUGAUCCCAUUUGAGCACAGAUCUGGGGGGAAACUUGGGGAUGGAGAAGUAUUCUUCUUGAAGGAAUGUACCAGAAGGCAUACGGACUCCAUCGACAGGAGGUUUUGUUUUGACAUUGAAGCUGCUGACCGGCCCGGCGUUUCCCUGACCCUGCAGGCAUUUUCAGAAGAAGAAAGGAAGCAGUGGUUGGAAGCUCUGGGAGGAAAAGAAGCGCUGUUCCAUGGUUUGAAUAGAGCCAUUAUCCCAAGACCAGAAGGAAGUGCACAGAUGGAUAAGAUGGGGUUCACGAUUCUUAGGAAAUGCAUCAGUGCAGUGGAAACUCGAGGUAAUGAUCUUUCUCCUUCCCGAGUGUUUUGGGUUGGAGUGGGGUCUCAGGUACAGAGGACAGCGGCCUUCCUCCUCUGGGAUGUCAAAACAUGCAAUGAGCUGGACCUGGAAAAUUCCAUAGAUUGGGAAGUGAAGACAAUCACAAGCGCCCUGAAGCAAUAUUUAAGGAGUCUUCCAGAGCCUCUCAUGACUUAUGAGCUACAUGGAGAUUUCAUUGUUCCAGCCAAAAGUGGCAGCCCAGAAUCUCGAGUAAAUGCUAUCCAUUUCUUGGUUCACAAACUGCCAGAGAAGAAUAAAGAGAUGUUGGAUAUUUUGGUGAAACACUUGACAAAUGUUUCAAAUCACUCCAAGCAAAAUCUAAUGACAGUGGCCAACUUGGGAGUGGUGUUUGGACCAACUCUAAUGAGACCACAGGAGGAAACCGUUGCAGCCAUCAUGGACUUGAAGUUUCAGAAUAUCGUUGUGGAGAUCUUAAUUGAAAAUCACGAAAAGAUUUUUCGGACCUUGCCUGAUACCACAUUCCCUGAGCCGACCUGCCUGUCGCCAUCACCCCCAAAUGCUCCACCCAGGCAGUCAAAGAGACAAGGCCAGAGGACGAAGAGACCUGUAGCUGUGUACAAUCUUUGCCUGGAGCUGGAAGGUGGUGACAGCACCAAUCCUCCCAGAGAAGACACCCCCACCAGCAGCCAAGACUCACUUUCCUCCCCCUCACCCACGACUGCCGCUGCCCAGGGACUUCCUGGACCAGAGAGAAACCACCUGCUGGUGGAUGGAGGGAGCUCUGGGGACUGGGCGCUAAGCCAGACCCGGCCGUCGAUGGUCCAGUGGCUUAACCAGCAGUCUCAGAGCACGCCAGGCACCAACGCCGCUGUGACUCCUCCCUCACCCCGGUCCGCGUCUUUCCCCAUCUCUCCUGCUGCCUCUCUUGUGGACAAGCUUCCUGAAAGCAUUCUUAGUCGGAAGGCCCGCGCCGUGUACCCCUGCGAAGCGGAGCACAGCUCGGAGCUGUCGUUUGAAAUAGGAGCCAUCUUCGAGGACGUGCAAACCUCCCGGGAGCCGGGCUGGCUGGAAGGGACGCUGAACGGCAAGAGGGGGCUCAUUCCACAGAACUAUGUCAAGCUGCUGUAGCUCCGGGCCCCUCCCCCGCCCCUCCACCGAUCCCGGCACCCACCCCCCACACGCCACAUCCACACUCCGGAGUCUGGGGUCACCGCUGGCACCCCAGGGCCGGGCGGCUCGGCAGAGUGGACGGUGCACUGGGCAGCCGCGUCAGGACUGGUGAUUUUGAGUUAUCCGGGCGCCACAGCAUCGGAGGGAAGGCAGCCCUGCCGUGUCCCCGACGGGGCGGGGGUGGGGUCCCAGGCCCACGGAGGAGCCUCCCCUCUGCCCCGCCCUGGGCAGGGCGCAGGGCGCAGCCCAGCAGGCCCAGGGGGCUUUUCCAGGCCUGCUCCCCCUGACCAGCCUCCUGGGCACCUCUCGCCUAUUUAUAGCAGCUUCUGGUCGGUGCUCCCCACCUGUGUGCUGUUAGCCCUGUGUACAGGAAAUAAAACGUUAUUUACUACUA